AUGGACUUGCAAGUACAUCGGAUCAUCAGUUUUACGGAAGAUGUUGCCGUCGGCCUCCGGCAGUUUCGUGAACAUCUUCCUGAAUACAGUGCAGAGAUAACGAACGUUAUUGCCGAACUAUAUGCUAUCAGUGCAACCCUAACAAGUCUGGAAGGACUCACGCGUCAAUUUCCUCGUAAUUUUGGGCCUGUCAAAGCGGAUUUCGACCGAGUGCUCGUUAGCUUACGAUAUACGCUCAACGAGAUUAUAAACUCUUUUGGAAAACUUGACAGGAGGCCGACAGCAGACAACUAUCGCCAGAUAUGGCAUGAUCUGAACGCCUACUUGCUCGAAGAGAGUGGCUAUUCAUUGAAAAGACGCUUGAACAAAUACAAAUUAUUCUUGCAAGAAUUGCAAGAUGUCGUACAAAAUAAGACCGUAGAUUUUCGCUUCUUAGCCAAUUUGCGGAAGAGUAUCAUGUCAGUCCUUGAGGAGCAGGAUGGCCGCUUUGCUGCACGUUUGGCCGGUCUUUCACUCGACCCGCCAGGCUCGCCUACGAGCAGUAGCAGUUUUUCAGGCGGCUCUGUGGAUGCUCAUGCAGGAGGCGUUGGGAAGCGUCGGUCCUACGAGAGAACAAGACCUGGCUUUCGACCACAGCCCUCCCCAUUGCAUUCACCGACGUCAACCAACGACAGCGCACCUCCAUGGGCCCCUGAUGUUCCGGGCUCGCCAAUAUCAACAUCCACAACAACUCAAUCUAACUUGUCCUCAGCUAUAUUGAACGACCACUGGGCAAAGGAUGUCUUCUCAUACAGAGGUCCGAUGAUAAAGUUGCCCAUGACUGGCGAAAGCUCCAAGUGUCUCGGCGACGAUGUGCAAGAUGUAAAGGAGUGGCUUCAUGAGCAGGGAUUCGAUGAAAUUGCAUACAUAUCAUUUGACGAUAAGGGGUCAGGUUUGUCAGUUUUCUUCUACGUCAGGGAGCAGGACAAUCGAGCACGAAUUCUGUGCAAAUCUCGAAGAAAUAGACGAGCACACAAAUACUAUUGCCUUCCACUCAAUAUGUUAGAAGUGAGACGUGUUGAAUCGUGUCUACAGCUAUGCCGUCGACGACGCGCGGGAACAGAGCUCGUUCCUUGGCUAAAUCUGCAAUUUGAUAGCAUUGAAAAAAUGGUGAUAUUCUUUUGCGCUUUUCUUGCACUACGAUCCCAAGACGGACAUAAGCGUGUACAAGAUAUUCGUGACUGUGAACUCGAUUCUGAGAAAGAGCUGUUUGGCGGCAUCAUUGAUGACGACAAUUUCAUCCACGCACUACGCAUCUAUCGAGACCGUAUCUCAGGCGCAAUCCGUCUACAAGCAUCUGUGCAUGAAGGGGACAUGAAAAGGGCACCAGUGUGGACAGCCUUUAUAACCCGCUCCAUCGAUUCUCCAUACUGGAUCCGACGUGUGAACAACAGGGUGCUUCUACGAGAAAUACGACAGGUGAUUUUCUUUCCAGAAUAUUCACCUCCAAGGACUUCUCGUGGAGAGCACAUUCUGAAAUUCACUUCCGAAGAUGAUGCGAGAGAUUUUGUUGACGUGAUUGAACGACUUUCAAUAACCGACUAAACCCACAGAACUACCAUUUUGAUAUGCUAUCUAAAUGCUCCUGAAUGGACAAUUGGGUAGGCUUGCUUCCUUGACAUGGACCAGAAGAGGAUGAAGCGGCGACGACGAUCAAUGACAAAAUGAUGAAUAUAAUGGUCUUGAUGAGUUGAUGAAUGACGAGAAUCACGGCCGACAAUACCUCUACCUACCUAUUUCUGGUUGAUGGUUUGCUGUACUUUACGACGAUAUGGUUGGGAUGGGGGCUCAAAAGCAUGUACUUACAUUCUCUGCUUUAUUCUUUUAAUCUAAUGACUCCCAUCACGUUUGAAAA